AUGAGUUUCUUAGAAAGCUAUGACUUUCUACUAACAAUACGACAUUUGGAAUUAGGGUAAAUUGAUAUUUGGAAAUAAAAAGAGAGUGGAUAAUUGGCUUAUUGCAAAAUAUUAUAAUCAGAUAUUUCAAAAUAGGAAUUGAAUGAAAGAUCAAAUUGGGAGCACGAGAAUGUAAUUGAGUUAUUAGCUGCUGAAUUACAUAAAUAGAAUGACAAUAGUUAUAUUUCAAUAUAUUAUGAGUUUUAUGAUUCAACUUUACAAGAUUACUUAGUAAACCAAGAAUUACCAAUUGCAGAAACUGAGAUCUGGAAUUUAUUUUAUUAAAUUUUGCAAGGAGUGAUGUUUUUAAAAUCUAAAAAUUAAACAUCAAACUUAACUACAACUUGCAUAUUUUAUAAUAAUGGAUAGAUUAAAAUAAUUGAAGGACACUCUUAUAAUAUGUAAUAGUAAUUAGGUUUAGUUCUAUUUGAAUUAUGCACAAGAGAAUCAUAAUACUUGAUUUUAGAAGAAAACAAAUCCAUAAAUAUUAAUAAUUUGAAUAAUAUGAUGAAUGAAUGUAAGUACAGUAAAUUAUUAAUACAAAAAAUAUUUGAUCUAAUUAAUUCAAAAGAUACAGAUUAAAUUUAAUUAACAUAUGUAAGUACUCAAAAUCUAAUUAGAAUUAAUUGUCUCCAUUUAAAGAUAAUAUUUUAUAACUAAAACCAUUUAAUUUUUAGAAUUAUACUAACACAUCAUCACUCACAGAUAGAGCAAAUAGAGCAAUUAGAAAUUAUAAAGAAGUAUUAAAGAGAGUCAAUUAAAUAUAUCAAUUAGAUUAAUGA